AAUAUGUUGAAAAACCCUACCAUCUUAAAAACGCUUCGUUAAACCCCUACUCUCGAAACUCUUUUCAGCUUGCUCUGGUAUUUUUACUCAUCGGAGCAAAUUACAAACAGCCAUAGCUGCUAAGUGAAAAAGAAAAAGAAAAUGGAGCAAGUGGUGGGUGAAAGGGAAGCCGAAGAGUUCACAGUGGUCGCAAGGAAGCCUUACUUCGGUCUCCCAACUGCGUGCCCUAUUUGUUUGCCGCUUUUCAUUUAUCUCAAGCUUGCCCACUUUCCCUUUCGUUUGUCUUUCAAUUCAAUCUUCCCUGAUUCAGAUCAAAUUCCUUAUGUUGAAUCUGGUACUUACGUUGCCUACAACAACGAGAAUAGUGGGGUUGUUGAGUGUUUAAAGAAAGAUGGUAUCGUUGAUCUGGACUCUGAAUUCCAAUCUGCCCCGGAUUGGGUAUCGAUACAAGCUAUGAUUAACUCUUGGUUAGCUGAUGCAUUGACGUACGAACUAUGGGUGGGUACCGAUGGAAGAUCAGCCUACAAGAUUUAUUAUUCUGAUCUUUCAUGGCCAAUAGGAAAAGUUCUUUUCCUAAAGCAAGUGUAUAGUGUUAAACAACGUCUUGGAAUUACUAAAGACAAUGCCGAACACAGAGAAGAUGAGAUUUACAGGAGAGCAAAAAUUGCUUAUGGUGCUCUAUCUACUAAGUUAGGAGAACAGAACUUCCUCUUUGAUGAUAGGCCAUCAAGCUUGGAUGCAACUUUUCUCGGACAUGUUCUUGUCACCCUUCAUGCACUACCUGACACGUCAGUGCUCCGAAGCAAACUCUUGGAGCAUGACAAUAUUGUCAGAUAUGCCGAAAAACUUAAAACAGAGUUGAUAGAGUCUGGUUCAUCAUCUUCUGGUCCACAAUUUCGCUCAGUCCCUUCAUCGUCAACUCCUAGAAAAGGUCCCUCAAAUUGGAGUUCAAAGCCGAAGAGCAAGCCUAAAAGGGAGAAAACAGAGGAGGAGAAAACUUUUAAGAGGAGGGCGAAAUAUUUUCUAGCUGCACAGCUACUCGCGGUUCUGCUUUUCCUCUCUGUGAUGGGCGGUUAUGAUUCUGGCGACCUGGAGCUCGACGACGAAGAUGAAGGCAUCUCUUUCAAUUGAAACAAAUCUCUCAGUUACGGGUACUCAUUACUGACAUUUUUCCCAUUAUUAGUUACAAUGUUAGUGGUCUGUUGAGGUUGAGCUAUUAGUAUUUGCAUUAACAUUGUGGUAAAAAAUAAGAACAUACAUUUAAAGAUAUGAUUUAUACAAUAUUUAGGCAGCAUUUUUUGGUUUGAACCUUUGUAA